AUGAGCAAUACCAAGGGAGUCGCCGAGAACAUGCUCUGGGGAGGCCGUUUCACCCAGGGCCUCGACCCCCUCAUGGUGCAGUACAACCAGUCCCUGCCAUAUGACCGCAUUAUGUGGAAGCAGGAUAUCGCCGGCUCGAUUGCCUUCGCCCGCGCCAACAUGAAGACCGGUAUCCUGACCGCGCAAGAAUUCGCCGAGAUCGAGCGCGGCUUCAAGCAGAUCGCCGAGGAGUGGCGCACCAACACCUUCGAGGCCAAGGAGAACGACGAGGAUAUUCACACUGCCAACGAGCGCCGCCUUAGCGAGAUCAUUGGCAAGGAAAUCGGUGGAAAGCUGCACACUGGUCGCUCGCGCAAUGAGCAGGUCGCUACUGAUAUGCGCCUGUGGCUGCGCGACGAGCUGCGCACCCUGGACGCUCAGCUCUCCGACCUGGUCAAGGUCUCGAUUGCCCGUGCCGAGAAGGAGAUUGAUAUCAUCAUGCCUGGCUACACCCACCUUCAGAAGGCCCAGCCCGUCCGCUGGUCUCACUGGAUGCUGUCGCACGCGACCGCCUUUGCCAGCGAGCUGCAGCGCCUGCGGGAGGUGAUCCGCCGUGUCAACCGCAGCCCGCUCGGCUGCGGUGCGCUGGCUGGUAACCCCUUCCAGAUUGACCGCGAGGCCAUGGCCAAGGAGCUCGGCUUCGACGACCUGCUUUACAACUCGAUGAACACCGUCGGUGACCGUGACUUUGCUAUGGAGACCAUGCAGUGGGGUAGCUCUUUCAUGCUCAAGAUUUCUCGCUGGGCUGAGGACUUGAUCAUCUACAGUAGUCUGGAGUUCGGCUUCGUCCGUCUUUCUGAUGCUUACUCGACUGGCUCGUCGCUCAUGCCCCAGAAGAAGAACGCGGACAGCCUGGAGCUGCUCCGUGGAAAGUCUGGCCGUGCUUUCGGCCAGAUGGCUGGCCUGAUGAUGACCAUCAAGGGCCUGCCUACUACCUACAACAAGGAUCUGCAGGAGAGUAUCGAGCCCCUGCUCGACCACAUCAAGACUGUCAGCGACAGCAUCCUGAUCGCCACCGGCGUGCUGUCCACCCUGACCACCAUCCCCGAGAAGAUGACCGCCGCUUUGGCCCCUGAGAUGCUGGCCACCGAGAUUGCCGACUACCUCGUCCGCAAGGGUGUUCCUUUCCGUGAGGGCCACCACAUCUCCGGUCGUGUUGUCCAGCUCGCCGAGCAGACCAACAUCCCAAUGGACACACUGUCUCUGGAGCAGUUGAAGACUGUCGAUGCUCGCUUUGAUGCGGAUGUCCAGGCCUGCCUUGACUAUGAGCGUGCCGUUGAGCUUAAGGAUGCCAUUGGUGGUACCAGCAAGCGGGCUGUUCUGGAGCAGACUGCCGUGCUGAAGAAGCUGCUGUAA